AUGGUCACAAUGAGGUCUGUAGUGGCUCUUGCUGCUGCUUCAUACUGGAAGGGAGAAAAUUUAGUGAUUGUGCUUGUUUAUGUAGAUGAUUUGUUAGUUACUGGCAAUAAUCUAAAUCUGAUUGAGAAGGCUAGAAAGGACCUGCGGAGCAGGGUUAAGAUGAAAGACUUAGGGGAACUGAAGUACUUCCUUGGCAUAGAGUUUUCAAGAUCAGAGAAAGGCAUCCAUAUGUGCCAAAGGAAGUAUGCCCUUGAGUUGUUAUCUGAGACUGGCCUAUCAGGAGGAAAACCAACACUCACUCCACGGGAAUUCAAUCACAAACUUACCUCUAUAGAAUUUGAUAAGGUGUUCAACAAGGAGAACUUGUCCGAUGAUAGGCUACUUGAAGACAUAAGUGGUUAUCAAAGAAUAGUGGGAAUAUUGUUGUAUUUGACUAUGACUAGACCUGAUAUAGCCUUUGUGGUACAG